CCCUCCUCUAGCAUCCUGAAAGACGUCACCAUCAGCCUCAUGCGACGUCAAUUCUCACAUAUCUCCUAUGCCCUAAAUGAAUACACCAUCCUCCCUGGCUACCAUACCUCGAAGCCUAAAAAUCUUGAACCCAGUAGCCUCGUCCAACUCCGCAGACACAAAAAGCCUUCGGGCACAAGCUUCCCUGGUCUGCUGCACUGUGUACACCAAUAUGAUCAUAGACAAUCCAAACUUCCCUCUAAUCCAACGGAAAAAUACAACGCCCAAACCACCAGACCCCAAUUAACACCAGCAUACCCACCAGCAAGAUCUACCCACCAACUGACCCAAUUCAGAAAAAAACCAAGGCACCGUACUUUGUCACUCCACGAGUCCAGGCAGACUCACGCCCAACCCGUGAUUCCACGAGUGACUCCGCCCACGAUCCCCAAACCAGGUACCUCCGAGCACCCUACCUACCCUAGUGGUCGCCACUACUGCAACUCUAAGAUCCUUCCUGGGGGCUGAGACAAA